AUGGACAUCGUAAUCGACGGGGAAGCGAAGGUGCAACAGGCUCGACUUUACCUCAAGGUCACGGAGGAGAAUCUGAAGUUACGGAAGGCUCUUGCCCAAAUACAAGAGGAGGCAAGUGUCUUGCCGAGUAUUUCCCUGAAAGAAUUCAGUGCAAAGUUGGAAUCAGAAUGUCAGGACAUCAAGAACUCUAUGUCAGAAAGCGCGACCGAGGCUGUGGCGCUGAUGCAAGCGGACGUUGUAGAGAAGUUACAAGUCAUGGAAUCGAGGAUUGACUUCUUGAACGGCCAAGUGAUAAGUGUCACCAGUCAGCUUUCAAGGAAGGAAUCAGAGAAACAAAUACUCAUGAGACAUCACGAGCGCCUCUUAGAGGACAACGCAAGACUGAAGAGAGAACUCGAGCACAUUUACACCGAGAGCACAAGCGAGACCAUUGCGCUUAUUGAAGAGGCUAACAGCCUACGUGAGACAAUCUCUGCCCAGUGCGACGAGGUUAACGAUCGGGCAAAGAUCAGAUCGCAUGAGAGCACGACGGAAUUGCAGCGUCAGGUUGAGAUAAAGAAUACAAUGCUGCAAGGUGUAGAGUCCAAUCUCGCGGCAUCGCAACUUCUUUGCAGCGAACUUCAGUCGAAACUGGACAGAAUAGCCUCAGAGCACAACGAAGCUCAGCAAGCAAAGGUUGUCCAACUGGAACAAGCGAGAGAUGCCCAAGAGUCAACUUUGCGCCAGCUGGACGAGGUCAGGACACAGUUCCUAGACACCUCUCGCGAGAACCAAGAGCUGCUCAGGAAGUUCACUGAGCAGGACAUAGAGGUACAGCGGUUCCGUCAAGCCGCAGAGCUAUUGCAAUGUUUUGUCAGCUCACCUAAGAAACCUCGGGAUGCAUCGAGUACUACACUGAGUACCAAGGCCGUAGAUGAGUUCGUCAGAGUCUGUAUCUCAAGCACAGAGAACACAGUCUGUCACAACAUCUAG